AUGGACGCUCUAUCAUCGAUGGUGGCCCCUCCCUUUGCGAGUGAUCCUCCGAGCCAACAUCUCUUCCCCCGCCCAAAUGAACCAGUGACAUUCCUUAAAGAUGAUAGUUGUGAAAUGGUGGACUCAGUACAUUCAGAAACGUUUGAACCGCCGGCCAAAAGACGCCGCACAGAGACUGGUGCCAUCAGCUCCAUUGUACCUCCCCCAUCUGUUGCGACUCCGGAAUUCCAGAGCCGGCUGUGUGGAGAUGAAACCUUCUCGCAUAACUCUGUGUCUAAGGGCUCACACAGAGAUUAUGACACCUCAGGAUUCCACUUGAGGGCUGUCUCGCAGUCCUUGCAUGCCUCCGCCACGUCAACCUCAGUCUCCUCAUCUUUUGAGCCUGGAAAAUCUUCAACACCCCCAUCUACGCCGGCCGACUCUAUCCACACCCCUCCAGCACUCUCCAAUCUCAGUGAGGCAGAGAGAAAGAAUAUCGGUGUAUCCAGAUGUCGACCCCGCUCAUCCAUCCCAGCCAAGUUGACGCCGACGGUGUACGGCCAGCAGUGCGUAGCUGCUGCUUAUGCAUCUCGACUUGAUCCGUAUGCAUUGCAUGAGAACGAACAAGCGCUUCUCCAAGACCAUCUCUGCCACAUGCACGUAACCGUCUAUCUGAACAUUCGAAAUGGCAUCCUUCGUCUAUGGACGCGUAAUCCGAUGGUCAGCGUUAGCCGAGAAGAGGCAUUGGGUUGUGCAAAAGACUACCGUUGGAUGAAUUUGGCUGCAUUCGCGUAUGACUGGCUAGCGCGCCACGGAUACAUCAAUUUUGGUUGCGUGGAAGUCCCUCUUCCACUCGUGCCUCCCCGGCGAGGACGUCGAAAGGAAGGUCCCGUUAUCCUCGUUGUUGGUGCUGGCGUCGGAGGUCUUGGAUGUGCUCGGCAGCUAGAGGGGCUUUUCAAGCACUAUCGGGACUCAGACACUGAGCCGAGGGUUGUUGUGGUUGAAGGGCGCCCAAGAAUUGGCGGUCGCGUUUAUUCUCACCCACUUCGCAGCCUUCGAACCGAUUCGUUGCCACCAGGGCUGGCGCCGAAAGUCGAAAUGGGUGCUCAAAUAAUCAUCGGCUUUGACCGUGGCAACCCCCUCGAUCAGAUUGUUCGUGGUCAAUUGGCACUUCAUCACCAUUUCCUCCACGACCUUUCCACAAUCUAUGACUUUGACGGAUCCCCCGUACCCAAUAAUCAGGAUGAGAUGGUCAACAAGCUGUAUCAGGACAUCUCAGAGCGCGCCUUCGGCUAUCGUCACAAAAAGCUCGUUCGACAAACCGCAGAGGGCGAUCAUGAAAUGAUAGACAAUGGCAGGGAGACGACGAUUGACGACGGUAUUACAGUACGACAAUGGGAGGAGGCCAGAGCGGCAGGGACUACAGAUUUGCUAGUCCCCACAAAGCACAUCCGGCGACGUCGUGGAGUCGGCCACAAAACAGGGAGUCAGGCAUCGAUGCCUCUCACAGGUAGGGAACCUGAAAGUGAAGCCGAUGAUCUGGUCGCAGCGUCGGCUGCUCAAGCUGCAGGCUGGGAUUUAAACGCCGGCUUCGAUCCUAGUGACAACCUCCAUUUAGAUCGAGUCGCUCAUGAGAGCGAGGCGCAGAAUCUCGGUGCUGUUAUGGACGAGGGAGUCAAUCAAUAUCGGGAAAUGCUUCCUCUCACACCCAAAGACAUGCGUCUUCUCAAUUGGCACUUUGCAAAUCUGGAGUAUUCAUUUGCUGCAAACCCUAAGAAGCUCAGUCUGACCCUAGCGGACCAGGAUUCCGGGAAUGAGUUCGAGGGCCUACAUUCGAUGGUUGUGGGUGGUUACAACCAAUUGCCCUAUGGCUUGUAUUCAGUACCUGAUAAGCUGGAUGUGCGGACCAAUAAGACGGUGACCAAAAUCUCGUACGAUGCAAAUGCUGAAGGCAACACCAAGGCAACUGUCCACUGUGACAAUGGCGAAAAAUUCGUGGGAGAUCAUGUUGUGUACACUGGCUCGCUGGGUACACUUCAACACCGGACUGUCGAGUUUGACCCGCCGCUCCCAAAUUGGAAGCAGAGCGCAGUCGACCGUUUGGGGUUCGGCCUCUUGAACAAGGUCAUCCUUGUUUUUGAUGAGCCUUUCUGGGAUGUUGAGCGCGACUUUUUCGGACUUCUUCGCACGCCAGAUGACGUCGAGAGCAUGAAUCAGGCAGAUUAUGCGACAAAUCGCGGCCGUUUCUACCUGUUCUGGAAUUGUAUCAGAACAACGGGGCUGCCAGUGCUGGUCGGGCUUAUGGCGGGCGAUGCAGCGCAUCAAGCUGAGAAAAUCACAGAUGCCGAGAUUAUCACCGAAGUUACAGGGCAGUUGCGGAAUGUCUUCAAACACACGGUCGUCCCUGAUCCCCUCGAGACCGUUGUCACCAGAUGGGCGUCCGAUCCGUUUACGCGAGGGAGCUACUCUUUCGUUGCCGCAGGCGCUCACCUUGAAGAUUACGAAACGAUGGCUCGUCCGGUUGGCAAUCUGCACUUUGCCGGUGAGGCUACCUGCGGAACUCAUCCCGCAACCGUGCAUGGAGCGUAUCUGUCGGGCCUACGAGCGGCAGCAGAGGUGAUUGAGGCCACCGUCGGCCGCGUUCAGAUUCCUCAGCCCCUUGUCCCUGACAAACCUAUCUUUAAUGGGGCUUCGCCACCGAGAGGGAAUACCAGGACGGAUACGCCGAAACCCUCGAUCUCAGUUGCCCCGUCUUGCCUUCCGAGUGCUACCGACAAGCACCGCCAGAAGGCAUAUGAACAGGCCAUGUGGGCAGCCAUUUACGCCAAACUGGGUCCUACCCCAUCACCCCCGGCCAAGGUGGGGCGAAACCCCUUCUUGUUGUAUCAGAAGGACUUUUGGACCAAAUGCAAGGAACAGUGUGACAACGCGCGGCGGGUGGCCUCCAAUAACCCCAAUGCAAAGGCGUCCCGAGACGACGUUCGUGCGGCGCUUGGCUUGAUGUGGCGAAAUGCUCCUCAGGAGCAGAAGCAGCCCUACAUGGACCAAGUCGACGCCAACCGAACGGCGAGCGAGGAAGCCCUGGAGAAAUUCAAGGCGGUAGCCGCUGAAUGGAAUCGGCGAUCAUUGGAGGUCAAGGCCAAGUGGUGUGCCGAGAAUCCCAUUGAGAGUUGGCAAGUGCCGUCGAACUCUGCUUCCUUGAACUAG